GAGCCGGCCGGCGGUGGGGAUGUGGCAGGGGCCGGCGGGCGCGGGGCAGCUCAACGCCCUGCCCGACCACUCGCCGCUGGUGCGCAGCGCCGUGGCCGAGCUGCGGCGGCGGGCGGAGGCUGAGCCCGACCAGCGCUGGCCGCAGCCCCUCGAAGACUCCUUCCUGCUGAGGUUCCUGCGCGCCAGAGAUUUCCACCUGGACCUGGCCUGGAGGUUACUGAAGAAUUAUCAGAAGUGGAGAAUUGAAUGCCCAGAAAUAAGUGCAGACUUAAACCCAGCUUCUAUUCUUGGUCUUUUGCAAGCUGGCUAUCAUGGAGUCCUGAGACAGAGGGACCCUCAUGGAAGCAAAGUUCUAAUCUACAGAAUUGCACAAUGGGACCCCAAGUUGUUUACAGCCUACGACGUGUUCCGUGUAAGUCUCAUCACAUCCGAGCUCAUUGUCAAGGAGAUUGAGACUCAGCGGAAUGGAGUCAAGGCUAUCUUUGAUCUUCAAGGCUGGAGAAUUGCUCAUGCAUUUCAAAUCAGUCCAGCAGUGGCCAAGAAAAUUGCUGCUGUGCUCACAGAUUCCUUUCCACUGAAAGUCCGAGGUAUCCACUUGAUCAAUGAGCCUUUAUUCUUCCACCCGGUUUUCGCUCUAAUUAAGCCUUUUCUCACUGAGAAAAUAAAGGCACGGGUGCAUAUGCAUGGAAGUAACUACACACAGACCCUGAGUGAGCACUUCCCAGUCAGCAUGCUCCCACAGGAAUAUGGUGGGGAGGAAGUCUCCAUGGAAGAGCUGGCCAAGGAAUGGACUGACUUUAUAAUGGGCUCUGCAGAUUAUCUGCAGAGCAUUUCUCUGGUUGCCCAGAAAUAACCUUCUCAGAGUGUUCUGUCAAUCCUUGAAUAUAACCUUGAAACCAAUAAGUCUCUGCAGAGCACUGGGUAGUACAGUGACUGCACUUCUAUCCUAACUGGAGUCCAGAUGAGGAGGUUGAUUAAUUCCACAUAUCUGUAUUAUGGUUUGUAAUUAACUUGGGUGCCAAAAAUUGUGUUGGCUAUCAGAGACUAAUACUGCUCCUGUUGAGUCUGUGGAGACAGCUCAUCUGUCACUGCAGUCCAGAGCCUUAGCUCUUGUGUCUUGUCAUGAUAAUAGGAUGCACAAAAAGCUGAACAGGGUAGACUGGUUUGUACUGGAAGUGUGACUGCAGGGCUAAUUCACAAGGAGUGAAAGGAGGCUGCUUUUUGGAUUGAUUCUCAGGGAAAAAAAAGGCUGUUUGGUGAGUUUGUGGCAAACUGCAAAUGAUUCAGCAGUAGUGAGCCAUUGGUGUUAAUCUUCCUGCUGCUUAUGCAGCUUCCCUUCUUGUGCUAAUUAACAGUAUUCUGAUAGAGGAAGACUGGGAAAACGCCAUGUACUUGUGCUUCAAAGGACAGUAUGCAUCAGGAGGAGGAGCUGGAAGGAGAGUCAAAACCUUAACAUGCUGAUUUUCUUCCCAGCAAUACUGUCUAUGGACAAGCUCUUAAGCAGCUCAGAUGAUGUUCAACUUUAAUUCCUCCUGUAGAGCACUGCAGAGGCUGAGAGCUCUUACACCUUUACAGUAUCUGUUCUGGAAG